AUGAAGGCCGCGGCCAUGCGGGGCAACCUCGCGAUGGUAGUGUACCUCGAAGACCUCGGUUACUGGAGCCCACACGUGCUGCGCUGGGCGUGCACGGCGGGCCAACUGCACGUCGCAGAGUUUGCCAACGACCGCGAGACCACGAGAUCGCUCGGCGCCGGCACGAUCAACGACGUGGUGCGGUCCGGGAACUUUCCGGUCCUGCGCUUCUUGCACGAAAACGGCUACGACGGCUUCUCGGACGAGGCCGUCGACAUUGCCGCCGCCCGAGGGGACGUGGCCACGGUGCGCUUCUUGAACGACAAGCGCCGGCUCCGCGGCACGUGCAAUGCCAUGCUGGGCGCCGUCGACCACAACCACGUCGAGAUCGUUAGGUAUCUGGACAAGCACUGCAGGGCCAACGACAUUGCGGGCAGCCUCCGUCGCGCCGCUGCCUGCGGCCACUUGGAGCUCGUGACGUACUUUUGCUCGCACUAUGAAGGCGAGACCCUCUUGGUCGGCGCGCUCGAAGCGGCUCGACGAAGCCUUCGUGUCGUCGCCUCUCGCACGCAGAGGGAGCGACUCGAAGCCGUGAUCGCACACCUCCAGCGCCUGCGCCCGACGCCGCCCGCCGACGACGCAGCGUGCACGAUCCAAUAAGCUCUUAUACUGGUAG